UGUUAAUAUCUCCCCGCCUGUCACAUAUGAUCGCCGGACGGACACCCCUCCAAUCGUUUGAAAGCACAACCACUCGACUUUGCUUUGGAUGUGGGCGAUACCAAAACACAACGUACCUCAUGUUCGCGUGCUUAUUUACAAUAUUCGAAAACACUGACUGAAAUCUAAGUGCUUACAUUAUUUAUUAGCAGACAAUAGUGUUCUGUGAAUAACAGUGACAUUCGGUGAAAAUAUCAGAUUGGAUUGUGUUUAAAAAUUGAUAUUAUUGGAUUUUCGUGAAAAUGACGGCCUCUACGAUGAUUGAACUGGAAUCCUGGAUUAUCUACCAGUGUGUCCUGAACGAGUGCCAUGUGUCUAGCUCAAUGGAGGGCGGCGCGUGGUGCGCCCGCGAAAUAUCGCUGCGCGCGCAGAAGAAGUUCCUGUCGCGGGUCGGCGGCUCGGCCAGCGCGCGCGCCCUCGUGCUAGACGAGCAUGCUGCCAAGCUCCUCGACCAGUUCCUUUGCGUGCUGCGGUCGCGCGUGGAGAAGCGCGAAGCGGAGAAGAUGGUGAAGCACGUGAUCAAAGCGGCGGUGAAGCUCGGCGUGCUGCGGCGGCACUCUCAGCUCCUGUCCGCUGACGACCGUGCGCUCGACGCCUUCCGGGCCAAGUUCCACACCGUGCUGAUGGCGGUGGUAUCUUUCUGCGAAGUGGAGUUCUCCUACGAUCGCGAGUUCCUUCAGGACGCUCUACGUGAGUCGCAUCAAUCGCUAAAAUCAGUGGUGGAACGCCACCUUUCCGACAAGUCCGUGUCUCGACUCGCGGGGGUAUUCGCACUCGUCUCCCGCGCUGACCUACUGGACUCACUAUUCGCCGGACAAGUCGACGAGGAUGUCCUCAAACUAGCACGCAUGCUUCGCAAGGAACUCGAUCGCGGCCUCCUAUAAUCCAACCGUCCCAAAGGUCUGUGUCCAAUUUUCCGCGGGAUUCUUCCCGAAUAGUCGUUUCUACAGUCGCUUCAGGCGACCGUGGGAUCACGUUAUCCCCACAAAUGGGGAUUUGGUUUUAUAUAAGGCGAGUUUUUUGCACUGUAGUGUAUCGUUUCGGGUGGAGUUCGCUGCUUAGCGAAUGGUUCCAUAGUUCUGUUAACACUUUUCGUACGAGUUUGAGUAUUUGUCUGUAGGACAAAUGGGAACUACAAAAUUGGUGUAUUUAGAACCAAUCAAAUUGUAGCAGCUUACUUCACAUCGAUGACAUGACAUUGCAUUGCAGACAUGACAUUGCAGUGAAUAGAUCUUGCUUGAGCCUAAUCUCACUAAUUUAUAUGUUAUUUUUUACACGAGUUCUUAAGUAAUUUAUGUUGGAAUUUAAUUUUUAUACUCACUGCUUGAAUUAAGUGUAAUUUUGAGCGAAAAAGAAUUAUAAAUUGGAACUGUUUCCCGUUUUUGCCAUUAAUUGUUUUGUCAACAUCGACUAUUAAGACGAAAUUAUGAGUGCAUUUAUUUACUGAAACCUGAAUACUCGAGUUUUUUUUACAGGCUAUGUAGUCUCAUUAAUGACACUAAAUCAUUUCGUUCCGAUAACAUUAUUACAAUAAUUUUGAGUAAUUGAAAUCCGUCUGACUUGCUUCGUAAUAUUACACAUAUUAAACAUAUCUUUUAGAUAGAUGAAUGUAAUUUCUGUCGACGGUUUCACUGUAACAUAUCUCUUGUAAAACAGAUUAAUGGACGAAAAUAACAAAAAAAGUUUUUUUUUUUCAGAAACAAAGGGGUAUUAAUACUCCGAUCUUUUCUAAUCUGGCUUGAAUAUUAAUUAUUCUUACCAAUGAUCUAAAAAUUGAUGACUGUCGUCAAUUCAAAACUUCCCAAAUGAAUACAAUUUCUAUCUGCUAGUCCCAAGCAAUCAAUGUAAGAAUUUUAUGUAUAUAAAUUCUUCUACUAUAAUUGAAUCUUUUGUAUAACGAAAAGUAUAGUCAUACAUUUUUAUGGAUAACUUUCAUUUCGUUACAUAAUGGAAUAAACUAUGAACCACGAAAUCUUAACAAAAGACUUUUUAUUCAAGGCUUGCCGUAUCGUUUGCCAGUAUUCUAACAUGACGUAGUAUAAGUUUAUAAAAUGACAUUAAUUAAUAAUAAGUAUAAUUGUUUUGAAUGCUGUAUAAUUUAUUAGUUAUAAUGUUGUGAUGUCGGUUUGUUGAAUGGGUUAAUGUUAAUUAAGGUUAGAAUGCAUUUAAUAGCUCUACCUAAAUGUGAUUUUAAUGUUUAUCGGCGUAUGUUUUAACGGAUUUAUGUUAGAAUUUAAGACCAGUUACCAGAUAGCCUAAAACAUGACAUAAACUGAACUGAUCUAACGAAAUUGUCUAAGUUAUCUGAAAAUAAUUUAAGUUAAUAUUUUAAUUUAAUAACAAUACCUAAUUAUUAAAGUAUAAUAGCGUCAUAAUUAUAAUGUUAUCAAAUACAAAAUUGUUGUCCAAAUAAUACACAAUAUAUUUCGAUAUUACGUCUACAUAUAAUAGCGUGAACUGAUUAAUGUAUUUAAAUUGUAUGAAUCAUUUUAUCCAUAGCUUUGUGUACAAUAUACUCUCUAUUAUCAACUAUAUUCGGACCAAAACUAUAUCGCCACGCAGUUAACAUAUCUGAUCUAACAGUCAUAUCUAAUUUUGUAUUAGCAAUAAUUAUUUUAACUUUCUGUAAUCGAAAUGAUUUAUUUCGGUUGCAUAAUUUUAUGGGAUGAUACUGUUAUUUUUUUUAUACUAAGACGUUACAAGAUAACACUUAAAAUUUAAUGCUUGUCAAUAUACCUAGUAUCAGAUGUAGGUCAGAAUUUCCAUUCCAAAUUUAUUCCUUUGUGUAACGAAAAAUAAACAUGACAAAUUUUCGUUACACAGUGGAACCAAUUAAAUCGUAAACGAAAUCUUGUUUAAAUAUAUGUGUUUAAACUUUGUAACAUCACAGUAUACAAGCAUGAAUUCAUUUAAAACUAUUUUUAACUUAGAUCAUAUAAGUCACUUGCUAUGUCGAACUGUAGCCUGGUCGUGUCAAUUACUGUGUACAGGCGUAGAUUUAAACGUCCACAUUUUCGUACUUCGCAUAGCUUAGACCUUUGUUUGCUGACGUUAAACGGGGGUGUUACUAAUGGAAUAUUUCAAAAGUGAAAUAAGACAUUCUUCUUGGAUUUGUAUUUUCUUCUACAUUGGUAAAACAAAAUAUAGUAAAAUAAAAGUGUCAAACGUUUUUAAAGAAUGGAUCUGUGCCGUUUAAAAGGAAGAAUGUAAGUGUUCAAAAUAUUUAUAUUGCACAAAAAAAUCUUGCCUCGUUUUAUUAUUUUAGUAGGUUUCACUAGUUACUAGUCAGUGUCAGAAAACUACUUGGAAAGAAAUGACAUUCAAAUAUUUUUCAGCACAUUUACUUUUUGACAUAUCUCUGAUAGUUAUUUGGUCCUCUAUUAUCUAUAGCCACGAAGUCUUGUAAUAUAACAACAUUGUUUUUUGUAAAUAUCCACUCGCCUGCACAGUAACCUGCUACAGGUAGCUGUCAUAGCUAGAUGAAAUCAAAGACGUCCAAGUAGGGAUUGUAUCAAAGUGACAAUAUAAAUGUGUAGGAAUACUUAAUUUAGUUUUGUUACUCUCUACAUAGCACGUCCAGACGGGACGAUGAAAUUGACAAUUUGAUCAGAAAAAAAAUUGGUCAAUCUCAUCUAGCGUCCACGCGUACACAUUUUCAUAGUGGAAUUGGGAUCGGCAAACCAACGUCCUUCACUUUCAUUAUUGCGUCCACACCACCUGAUAAAAUUGACAAUUUAAUCAGAUUGGGCGAAAAAUUGUCCCGUCUGAACUGGCCUUUACUCCGAUCAAUGAGACACUUCAAUCCAAUUUUCGUAAGCAUAAACAUGUCGCAGAGCGACUUUAUCAAGUAUAACAGUUGUGUCUGAUUGACUAGAGUACUUUUGUAUCAUUGUCCUGUCUGAUUGGUAAUUGAUAAGGUAAUUUUAAUGCUUAUUAUCUUAUAUAUUUUACACGAAUCGCUUUUUUACACUUCGUAAAACAUUUUAGUUUCAUAGCGUCACCUUUUGUACUCGUAUUGCAACUAGCGAAAAUCUUAAAUCAAUCUAUAUACUUUUAUGUUUUCGCUGGUCGCAAAAUGUUUAACUUGUAUUGAUAACGAUAAGAAAACACGUAGAAAGCACUGAGCUUACACGGAAAUACGAAAAACAAAAAGUGUGCAAAUAUUAGAUUGAUAUUGUGAAUACCUUGGUUUAUAUAGUGACACCUUCAGAAUCCUAAGAUUGCUUUUAAGGGAUAUUUCGGGUUGGAUGUAUCUGUAAACAGCAUAUUCUUCGUUACCCCAUCUUCUAUUUUUACACGCCCAGAAAAAGGAGUGUAUUGUUUUUACUAGUGUGUUUUAGAGCUGUAGACUUGUAGAGCUCUUUAACUCUCAUAGCUCCGCCAUUUUGAAAAUAUCCAAAAGCUAAAUCGACAAAAAUAAGUAACCUCACAAAAUUUUAUGAGUAGUGGUUAAGAAAAUGUGACCUGUCGAAGUCGGAUAUAUAUGAAAGCAUAAUUGCCUAAGAUAAAACGAGGCUCUUCACUUUGCUCGGUCAAAUAGGUAGUUUAUUGUAACGCGUGAAACUGAAGUGAACCGUAUUUACGGAUACGUAAACUUUGCGACUUUGAAGGUGUCGCUGUUAUCUCAUUCUGUUUCUAAAAAUAAGUUGCAAAAUUGCCACCAAUUCAGAUAUGUUUGUUGUAUUGAUUUGAUUAAACUCGAAUAUCGAUCUAAAAGUUGUCACUAUAGUGAAAUUGGUCUCAACUAACUGUAUAUUUCAAAUUUGUUAAGCUGUGUUAUAUGUAUUAAGAUUUGAUAUCAAAUAUACAAUUCAUUAAAGA